AUUUAGAAAUUCAAAAACUUUAUAUACUAAAAUAAAAAAAUAAAACAAAAUCUGAAUCAUUAUUCUUUCAUUCACUUGUUAAUUACCCUAAACGUAGCAAAGUCUGGGUAUUUAGUCUCGUCCAAUCCUAGAAACAUGCACCGCACUCCGUCAUGUCUUCUCUACGGCAGUGGGAGCGACUUCCAGAAGACCUUUUACCAUUGAUAUUCCAGCGGUUCGAUCAACUUAGCCGCACCCGCUCCAGCGCGGUGUGUAAAUCAUGGACAUCCGCGCUCAAGUUUGCUGCUGAUCACGACGCUUCUGGCUGCAUCUUCCGCGUGAACCGACUUCCGAAUAUCUGAGCUUAACUCUUCAAUCUGUGUGAAGGCGCUGUUUUCAAGUUAAAGCUUCCUGAAUCCUUCCGAGGAAAACAGUGCUGGUUUGAGACAUCUUCAGACGGCCGUUGGAUUGUUGUAAAAACACAAUGUCAUAGCUUUCUCGAGAUUACAGUGUUGGAUCCAUUUUCAGGAUUAGAAAUUAAGCUUCCUUGUUUAAGAAAAAAUAAAGGAUGGAAUUUAUA